AUGACAUCCUCCAGACCUAGUCGUGGGUCGGGUCUCCGGGGUCGCCAAGGGGGCCUCCGGGGGCGCCACCGUCGGGGUCUAGAGCCCGGACCCCCAUCAACAGGCGGCCGGAAACAGACGACGCCGACAGCCGCCGCCGCAGCGGACCGAGAAGCUGGGGACCCUGCCCAGAGCACUGCCGACCGAAGCGACCCUGCUAUUGUCGGUCGACUAUGGAAGUCUCGCGGCGCGCCGUCCUUCUUUGGUAACUCCUACUUUGGGCCACAGGUGGCGGCUGCCCUUCUUGACACCUCGGCGCCCUAUAUCCAGCCUGGCGCAAGCACGUCGAUCCGGAGCUCUAUGGCGCGACCCUUUCGGGACGAAGCCGGUCCUUUCUCUCAGCUGUGGGACUUGCUGGGCAUGCUCCCGCGCCAGCGGGCUACUGUUGACCGCUUGGUGGACCUCUUCCUGCGCGACGUGACCUCCCCUGUCGACGCCGUCCACCCGUCGUCUUUUCGGAAGGAAUAUGAACGCUUCUAUAGCCGCAAAGCCGGGUUUGAUGAUGUGACAACCGUGGAUAUACGAUGGCUGGCGUUGCUCUUUAUUGUCCUUGCUAUUGGCACAUACCUCGACUGUCCUCGAGACGCACGCCCAGAGGUACAGAGGGAACACGAAGAGGCCUCGUUGAGCUUCUUCUGGGCCUGUCGCAGGGCUAUCGUAAUUGCCCCGUCUUUCUAUGGUGAAAGCACUGAUCUCGUCCGCGCCGGCAUACUGGUCACGCGGUACUGUCUCUUUUCUCAGCGUAUUACCGAAAGCUGGCUCACCGUCGGAUUUGCCUCCCGCAUCGCCAUGGCCCAGGGGUUCCAUAUCGACGGGACCCACUGGAAACUGCCACGCCGCGUCACCGAAGCACGGCGGCGACUCUGGUGCCACCUGUAUCUCCUAGACCGCAUGAUAGCCCUUGCGUUGGGGAGACCGUAUUGUAUUCUCGACAACCUUUCGGCCACCCGCGAGCCCGAAAACGUGUUUCUAGACGACUUCAAGGACGAUGACACUAGUGCCUACCGGCAGGAAUCUCUCGUCACAAAUCCCACUCCCAGUGUACUGGCUAUCUUCUCGUACCGACUCGCCAAGGUCAUUGGAAGGAUCCAGGAGCAAACAUUUGGCUUGCAUGCUGCCUCGUAUGGGCAAGUCAUGAGGCUAGAUGCCCAGCUCAUUGCCUGGAAAAAGAGUCUGCCAGCCUACUUCGACAUGGACGGGCCGGAUUUGUCACUGGACCAGACAUACCCGUUCCUCAAAUGGCAUCGCGUCUAUUUGCACACGGCGUUUCAUUUUGCCUGCAUCACGCUGCACCGGCCAUAUAUCUGGCGCAUCUCCGUCACGGAUCAACAUCGAUACAGUCGAGAGGUGUGUUUUGCAUCGGCCUGCGCUGAUCUCAAGACGCGGCUCGAACACGACGACAACUGUGAGCCCGCUGACCAUUACACAUGGUGUCUUGGCGCACCCCGGUUGUUUAACAGCGCCAUUAUCCUUGGGCUGCUGGCCAUUCAAGAGCAGCCGCCAUUUCCCAGAGACUUACACCCAGUAAUUAAUGAUCUUCAGUCCUUCUGUGACAAGGAGAGAAAUGAAAUAUGGGCCAAUGACUUUCGCCUCGCAGAGGUCGACGUAGUGGAGUUGUGUAUUGACAGGUUGAAGCGCCGAGCAGGAGGUUGGGAAGCAGACGGUCUCCGCAGGCAGCAGCAGCAACAGCAACAAUAUUCUACAGGCGGAUCGCACGACCAAGAACCGCAGCAGCAGCGGCAGCGGCAAGGGGACAAAGGAAACGAAUCAGUUCAAUUUAACCCUGUUACGCAGUCCUCAGAUGGUACAUGCUCUCAGAGCUUCUCCUCGGCGCUGGCUGAGGGAGCGCCGCAACCAUUGUGGCAGCCAUUAUUUCGGGAUGAGUCUGCGCCUGCGUGGGACAUGAACGACAGAUGGUUUGGACCUAUAUCAGAUGGCACGAUGCCGAUACGACCAGGCGAGGCAUUUUCAGAAGGGUUUGCCUUUCCUGGUCCGACUGAUUUGGGUACGUGGGAGGACAUGAUUGAUUCAAUUGCACGUCAAUCCAGUGGCCAGGUGCUGCCCGGUUAG